ACUGUCAGCUUCUCAUGGGCGUCUCGUUCAAUAGAAUAUAUCUCCACUUCAGUCAAAGUUGCUUUAACUGUGUUUUCUACGACAAAAAUGCCCUUCGCGGCACUAGUUUGGUGUUUGACAAGCAAUACAUAUUCAUCCGCUUCUCCAUGAGUGUCAAGAGCACAGCAGUACCCGGAUGGACUGUCAUGGCCGCCGUCGCUGUGGAUCCAUAGAGAGGAGAGGAGGAAGGCAAAUGUUUCUGCUGUGUGUUUUUUCCACCUUUACCUCCUUUUUCACAAUGUUGGACGCUGACGGGACGCCGCCUGAACUUCCAUCGAGUUCAUAGUGCCGUGGCCACACUACAAGCUCUUCUGCAGACACGACAUGCAUUAAUGUUUGAGUUUGUCCUAAAGGAGUCCAGAUAUCUACAGAUUUAGAACUAUGGAAGAAGACCUCACAGUACCUCAUGAUUCUGCCAAAAACUGCAACAUUUCAGUUAUAGGGGAUGAAAAAGAAAAGGUAAAAGACUUUGUGUAUAAGCAUUUCAGAGAAGUGGCAGAUGGGUCACUCUUCAAUAAUGCAGAAGAAUCUUCCAUCAAGGAACAUGGGAGCUCCACCAAGAAAGAAAAACUCAAUAAGGCCCAUUGUAAAAAUCAGCAGGGGGCUGUUUUCUCUGGAAAGAUAUUAAGUUUUGGAUGCUCGGUGUGUAAAGAUGAUUCCACAUAUAGCCCCAAUGAUCUCCUUAAACAUUUUCGAGCCGCCCAUAAAGGAACCCUUCCUACAUACCCUUGUGACUUGUGCGGUUUUGUCACAAAUGAGUUCCCUGCUCUUCAACGCCAUCGAAUUGAACACAGGAAUACCCUGGUUACAUGUGAGCUCUGUGACAACGAUGUUCAGUACUCUCUGCUUUUGCUUACCAGACACUACAUCAUGUGUCACAGUCUAAAUGGACAGUUUAACUGUGACUGGUGUGAGUUUACAACUGUGGAUGCAGGUACAUUCGUCCAGCACAUCCAUCAUCACAAUGAGAGUCCUUGGAAGUGUUCAAAAUGCAGACAUAUCAGCUUGAAUGAAGAGGAUCACCAGAAGCACAUGAAAGCUCAUUCAGAUACAUUCCCCUUCAAUUGUCAGCUCUGUGGAUACGGUGCAACAAGAAGCGAGAAUCUUAAAAAACACACGGCAGCUGUUCACAAAGAGGAGGCUGAGAGAAGGUGGAAAACUAUAGAAGACAGUGGGAAUUCAGCAUCUGCAACCUUAAAACUUUUGCUGAAAAAGAGUGCUGAAGCACAGGAGGCUCAAAGGAUAUCCAAACUGAACUGUCUUUCUGGGAGUUUACCAAACCAAAAUGGCAGGCUAAUCAAACCAGAGAUAUGCCUUGAGGAUGCCCACCACUUUGUGGAUGGGACUGUAGCAAAAAAAGACAAUAAAAAUUGGAGUAAAGGCUCUCAAAAUACAGAGCAGUCAUUGCCAGUAAUGUUACAGGAAUGUGACAACUCUGCAAGUUCUGAUGCUGCAAGUCACACCAAUCCUAAUGGUCUGACCGUUCUGAUGGUUAAGAACAAAAUCUCUCUUCCCCCCAACUGUACAACCAAAGUGAUGGGUUUCAAGAUGGUUGACGGCAAAAAACAUCUAGUUCUCAAAGUAAUACCAACAGCAAAGCAAGAGUCAUCUGCUCAGAAUCAUUCUGUGGUCGAAGAUGUGGGCUCCUCGCCACCAAAUCCUGUGUUGUGUAAAAGCAGGGUCUCUAAUGAGAAUGGGGAAUGCUCUGAUGGCAAGAACUCAACAUCACAUUGCUUUGCUCUUUCACCAAGAAGUGGAUCAUGCAUACAGGUGGAUCAAGAUGAUAUAAUGGCAGUAAAAGUAAAGAUUGAGGAGGAAGAAACCUCUGUUUGCAACCUUGAUUCCACCCCACCAAGAGAUGAUAUUGGGGGACAAACUAAUCCUUUACUAAGUAGGUCUUCAACUUGUGCAGACACGUUAUAUCCCUUAACUAAUGAGUCUGAUCACCCAAGUCAAACAACCUGUUUAGAUAAAAGUAAGUUUAACAACUCAGUUUCUGUAAUAUUUAACCCCGAUUCAACCCCCCAUGGUGGUUCUCAAAUCAGUAAUACUGCUAGUACGCUCACUGGUUUAUCUUCACCUUCAAAAGUUGCUCGGGAAACAUUGCUUUCCAAACAAUUCUGUAAAGAUACUAUUGAAAACUGUGGGGCUGCAGAUGAAUUAUUAAUGACUGAAGAAGAAGCAGGCAAACUCAUUGAUGAACACAAAGGGAACUCCUCCUCUAACACUAAAGAAGACGAUGACCAAGAUUUUCAGUGCACUCCUGUAAAGACUGAUAGGGUUAGAACUGAGACUAACCAGAAAAACAGCCAGCAUUUUAAGAGGCUUUCAACUUAUCCAGUAUCUCCAUCAGAGUCAUCCCCACCCACUUCAGUUAGCUGCAGAGAAAGUGCCAUGGGCUCAGAAAAUUGCAGACAAAAUUCACCAAUUCAAGGUGUAUUUACUUUUCACAAUUAUUCCAAAGAAACAUUUGGCACACCUAACACUACCCAAAACUUUGACAAUAUGUCUGAACAUUCGGCAGACAAAGACAGUAAUUGUGAGUCAUCACAGUUUAGCUUGACAUUGGCAGAGUCUCCAGAACCAUUCACAGAAAGUGGUAAUGGAGAAGACUCAACUCAAGAAAAGCUGUCAGAUACUGACAUUGAGGUUGAUGGAUGCAUCAAUAGUGUUGACGAUCCUGCCACUGAGGAUGAAAAUCCUGAUUCAGUGCUCCAAGACUUCAAUAUUAUCAAAAUUGAGGAGGAUAGCAUUCCUAUAUCUAACAAACAAUCUGAAACAAAGAGUCAUUCAACUCUCUCGGGCAGUUUUGUGGAGGAACAUUCAGAUGCAAUCAUUACCCAACAACUUAAUAAGGAAAGAGUUGAGUCUUCAAGUGCAAGUAAUGAUUCAUUGAAACAAACAAAAACAACUUUACGAAUUCUGCAUUUGCCAGAGGGAAAGCAGUCAGUGCUUCUGAGAACUUCUGAAAAUCGAUUUGCCAUGCCGAUGCACGUCAAGGCCUCUCCAGGUUUCAAACUAAUAACCAAUUCUACAAAUCCCCAGAUCAAUGUAUCUUAUAUGAAGCCAGGGUCAGAAAGAUCAAGUAACCCUACUGGAGUAACCCUCACUCCAAACAGCAGGAGGAUAGGUGACAGCAGGAGGAUAGGUGUAACAGCACCAGUUUCAAGAACUGCUGAAAAAGGGAAAACACUCCUCUCUGCUGUUCAACCGGGUGUUAGCACCUCCUCAAAUCACUACCUUAUCAACAGCCCAGGAUUUAAGGGUCCCGUACUCCUUUCAAGCACACCACAUAACACACCUACAGACAAAACGGCAAAGGCACAGCCAACUUGCUACUUGGUGCAGAGGUCUGUUCCAUUUGUUCAGAACCCCAGUGUUCCUGGCCUUAGACUGGCAAGUACACAACUCCCACUCAGCUCACGGCCAGUUGUGGCCAUGCCUGUGAGCUCUGCAGACAAACCCAACAGUCUGCAGUCUGGUCGCCAGGCAUUUUUGCUCCGAUACAUUUCUCCACCCAAGUCUCGCUUACUAUUGAACAAUCAAGAGGCAAAGACUGGAACUCAGUGUAGCCAAACCAGUGAAAGUACUGCAAACAAAGUCAUAUUUAAAAUAGUCACUCCAACUGGUAGCCUUCUUACAAGUGGAGCCUCCACCUCAAGCAGCCAGCCUUUGUUUUUGGCCACCAGACCUCAGACCCAGUGUUUUCUGGUGUCAUCAAACAAAACAAAUCCAAAUGCCUCAAAUGGAGUAAAGAAAUUCAUCACCAUCCAAAAUACAGCACAGAAAGAUGUCAUUGAAUCUUGCAUUUCACCCUCUCAGAUGAAUGUAAAGGUCCAGCUGUGUGAAGCAGAGAAACCUAUCCUAGCCCCAAGGCCAAUUCGGCCUCCAAGCCAAAGGAAAAGGCGCAGGAAACCGUUGUUUGAUGAGCUGCCAACCACGGUGCAUAAAGCUAGAAGACUGUCAAAUAAAGUACUGACUGAGAAAGAGACUACUGUGUUAUGGAAGCCUGUAGCCAAAGAAGUUGAAAGGACAUUAAGGCUUGCCCCAUUCAGUUCUCUACAGCAGGUCAAAUGCCCUCGUAGGUACCAACCUGUAGUGGUGCUCAAUCAUCCAGAUGCUGACAUUCCCGAAGUGGCCAAUAUCAUGAAGGUAGUUAACAGACACAAAGGUGCUGUCUCAAAGGUCUCUCUGUCUCAGAAAACAAUCCAAGCUCUCUCUGAGCUUGGUGCUCUCUGGAAGAAUUCCUCGACCAAAGGUGCAUCAUCUCGCAGCGGUGAUCCAAGACCCCGGCCAGUUCAGAGUUCUGUCCGAGAGCGGUUCCUCCUGAAAAUGAAACUUAAGAAAAAAAGCAAAAAAAAGUAUGAGGUCGUGAAAACUCUAUCAGGUUGUAGACAAGAGCCUGUGGUGUUUGACUGCUGGUUUUGUGGUCGACUCUUCAACAGCCAAGAAGAUUGGAUCGGCCACGGUCAGCGGCACCUCAUGGAGGCCACUAGAGACUGGAAUAAACUGUUCUAAAAAUUUUCCAUCAUCUUAAAAUGAGAUGAUAUUCUGUCCUUUUAGAGGUGGAACAAAUGGUUGAAGUUGUAUAUUUUUUAAUGACCUUCCACUCUACGUUUGUUCAGUUUCUGUCCUUGUAAAUACAUCUUAAGUAAAUCAUAGUUUAUCUUUUCAUAGGUGCAUAUUCUGGUAAAUUAUGUACUGCAAGCAUGAUUGAUAUCAUGCAUGCACAGGUCAAAUUGAACUGUGAAAAUGGUACACUGUAAUUAAGAGUUGUGGUAGGAGCACAAGCUUAAAGAAAGGGGACAGUAUCAGCAAAGGUUGUAUGUAGAGUUGGAUUAAAUUACUCAGGUGAUUUCAUAUUGAUCUGGUUUGUCAUUUUUGCUCAUAAAUUUCAAAACAGCAGAGGCCUAGUUUAAGGGACUUUUAUAUCUUUUACUAUCCUGCACAUGAGGACAGGGAACUAUUUGUAUAGCUUAACUCUAAAGCUUGUACACAAAUUCCUUUGUUUUGCGCUUGUGAUGAAGAAAUGUUCUGGUCCAAAUGGUUCUUUUUUGUAUGUUUUAAUUGAAAGGGUAUAUAAUUUUACUCUAUUCUAUCUUCAGGAUUAGUUUACAGUUUCCGUGUCAGGAUUUUGUCAACCUGUAGCAUGCGCUUGUCAUAAUGAGAGCGGAGAUUUUUCAAGGUAAUCCCUUAAGUUUAACAGGUGUUGCAAAGAGACAGAUGGUUUUAUAAAAUACUUUUGCAGAGAAAUCCUGUAAAACACGGCUCUCUGUCAGGACUUCAGAAAUACAGAUCAGCCCAUUUUACACCCUAUGCAGUUUCCAUGCAACAAUAUAUUUGCUGUCAGCAGC